AUGCCCAAACGACACCCGUCCGCGGGCAAGGCCCAAAAGCCCGUCAUCAUUGUCGGCGCAGGCCUCGCCGGUCUCGUCGCUGCCUUUGAGCUCUCCCGUCUUCGCAUUCCCGUCCUUCUCCUCGAUCAAGAAAACGCAAACAAUGUUGGCGGCCAAGCGUUUUGGUCUUUGGGAGGCAUCUUCUGCGUCGACUCUUCCUACCAACGAAGAAUGGGCAUCAAGGAUUCCAGAGAGCUGGCAAUGAAGGACUGGUUCAACUCGGCCCAGUUUGACCGCGAGAAGGAGGAUUACUGGCCACGAAAGUGGGCGGAGGCAUUCGUCAAUUUCGCUACUGAUGAAAUGGAGGACUACGUCAAAGCUCGAGGACUGGGGUUCUUGGUGAACGUUGGCUGGGCUGAAAGAGGUGAUGGACGAGCAGAUGGUCAUGGAAACACGGUGCCCAGAUUCCAUUUGACUUGGGGGACUGGCCCUGAGGUUGUUAGGGUCUUUGCCGAGCCAGUGAAGAAGGCCGCCAAGAAGGGGACCGUCGAGUUCAGACACCGACACCGUGUCGACGAGAUUAUUUUGGAUGAGCUUACAGGGAGAGCAGUGGGUGUGAAGGGAAGCAUACUCGAAGAGGACAACUCUCCUCGAGGUGUCAAGUCGUCAAGAACCGUAGUCGACCAAUUUGAGAUUCACGGAGCUGCCGUCCUCGUCACAUCGGGGGGCAUCGGUGGAAAUGUUGACAAGGUGAAAGCCGCGUGGCCCGUCGACAGACUGGGCCCCAAGGUCCCCCAAAACUUUGUCAUUGGGGUGCCGCAUCAUGUUGACGGGAGGAUGAUCGACAUUACAGAAAGUGCCGGCGCGAACAUCAUCAACCGGGAUCGCAUGUGGCAUUACACAGAAGGGUUGGCAAACUGGAACCCCAUUUGGCCUGGCCACGGGAUUCGUGUGCUGCCUGCACCAUCGUCUCUGUGGCUCGAUGCCAACGGCAAGCGGCUGCCCAACCACCUCUUCCCUGGCUGUGACACCCUCGGCACGCUCAAGUAUAUUUGCUCCACCGGUCACGACUAUACUUGGUUUAUUACCGACCAGGCUAUCGUUGCGCGCGAGUUUGCCCUGUCAGGGUCGGAACAAAACCCAGAUGUCACUGGAAAGUCUGUCUGGGGUGUCUUGACACAGCGCGUUCUUUCCAAGAAGGGCACCGUUCCCGUGCAAAACUUCGUCAAGCAUGGUGUCGACUUUGUAGUCAAGGACAAUCUGGAGGACUUGGUGGAGGGAAUGAACCAGCUGGUGGCCAAGAUCCCGGGAGGCGUGCCCCUCGACUACCAGAAGAUCAAGGACGUGGUCGAGACCCGAGACAGCCAGUUCGACAACCCCUUCUCCAAGGAUGCCCAGACCAUGCUCAUCAACUCGGCGAGAACCUACUGGCCCGAUAAGCGCAGCCGCAUUGCGCCACCGCACAAGCUGUUGGACAAGAAGAAGAGCGGGCCUCUCAUCGCAGUCCGUAUGAACCUGUUGACAAGAAAGACACUGGGCGGUAUUGAAACAAACUUGAAGAGCCAGGUGAUGAAGGCUGAUGGCAGCGUCUUCAAGGGUUUGUAUGCUGCAGGAGAGGUCGCCGGAUUUGGAGGUGGAGGCGUGCACGGCUACAACAGUCUGGAGGGGACCUUUUUGGGCGGGUGCAUCUUUUCUGGAAGGACGGCCGGCCUAGGCAUUGCAGAAGAACUGGGCUACGAUAUCAGGAAGGCGAGCAAUGUCCGGGCGCGCCUCUGA